ACACGAGAACAUCCACUUCGUUACGAUGGAAGGAUACUUCGGGCUGUGCGUUGUACUGAUGAGCCUAACGGUAAGGACACUGGCGUUAGACGGAGAGAUGGCAGAGCUCGCAAAGAUGCUGAGAGACAACUGCGUCGACGAGACCGGUGUGGAUGUGGCUCUGAUCGACAAGGUUAACGCGGGCGCGGAUUUGAUGGGCGAUGGGAAGCUCAAGUGCUACAUCAAGUGUGUGAUGGAGACGGCGGGCAUGAUGUCCGAGGGCGCGGUGGACGUGGAGGCGGUGAUCGCCGUCCUUCCUCCCGAGCUGCUCAAACACGCGGACCAGUUGCGCACGUGCGGGACACAGAAGGGCUCCGACGACUGCGACACGGCCUUCCUCACGCAGUCCUGCUGGCAAAAGGCCAGCAAGUCCGACUACAUCCUCAUAUAGAGUUACCGCGUGAACAACUACGUUCUUAUUUAUAUUAUUAACUUUAAGGGCCUCUUUCAGUUGUGGAUAACGCUGUUUGACAGAUGACGCUGAUUAUCACUAUCGAAUUCCAGUAUAUCAAUGGCAUAGUUCUAUUCGCAAUUGUGAAUCUAAAAGUUGCAGUUUCUUAAUUGAAGCAAAACAUGUCCUAAUGGCAUAUUCCCGCUCUUGCUGUUGAAAGUCUAUUUUUUUUUUUAUUUAACUUUAUCCACAAGGGGUGAAACAGGCGCUAACUAACUGGCCUUCUAGAAAUUACUGUUGUCGAUAAUCAGUUAAUCUAAAACUACUGAUGGCUGUUUCUUUACCAUUAAUCGUGGAGGGUUGCAUACGGUGUAAGUUGUACAAGUUGUAAUACAAUGUGCACAGAUCACAAUUAAAGUUUUUUAGCAAAAUAUUUUUAUCGCAAACAAUAAACAGUAUGUUAUUUACGUAUUUACAGGAUCCUUUAUCUGUUCAUCUCCAUGUGGUCCAUUAUCGUGUAAUGAAUUGUUUCUAACAUUGUAAUGCAUCACAAUGCUAGGAAAAAUUCAUUCGUCUCCCCGCAGAGACAAUGUUUAAAAACAAAUAAACUACUUUCUUGAUUUA